CCUUCACAGAGCGACCUGUCCAGCAUUUUUUUAUCGAAAAAACAGCCUAAACAGAUAAUGAUGGCGCUAUCCGAGCGGCCCACUCGAAAGGCCAAAAGAACUGACGUGGACUAUGCCGUUCUAUCCUCGGGCCAACAAAUCCCCGAUUAUUCGGACGACGACUCGGACGACGAGAGCUACGGCUCCAACUACAAGAAGAAGCGGCGCAAACAAGGCGCCGAGUGCUUUAUCUGCCAUCGGCCGCCUAGAACCUACAAAAAGACCAUGCUACAAUGUGACAGCUGUUCCAGGAUGUACCACCAGGCGUGUGGCAAGCCCUUCCAGUCGACCUCGAUCCUCGGCAACACGAGCUGCUACGAGUGUCUUCAAGAAGCCAAGGUGGACUCGCUAAGUGCUCUACCUCGCAAGACACUGGACUCCAUCAGGGAUUUUGUCAAGGUGCUCAAGAAGGCCAAGAAGAUCGUCGUCAUCGCCGGAGCAGGCAUUAGUGUGUCGUGCGGCAUUCCAGACUUCCGUUCCAAGGACGGAAUCUACGCCAUGGCUCGCAACAUGGACGUUGUGUUGCCAGAGCCAGAGUGUCUCUUCCAGAUCGACUACUUUCGAGAAGACCCGGCCCCGUUCUUUGAAGUGGUGCGCAAUGCCUUUGCCAACUCACCCAAACCGUCGCCUACACACUGGUUCUUGAAGUUACUUCAAGACAAGAAGAAGUUGUUGCGUGUGUACACACAAAAUAUUGACGGACUAGAGGAAGCUGCCGGGGUGACGAGGUGCAUUCCUUGCCACGGGAGUUUUGCCUAUUCGGCCUGCAUGCGCUGUAAGAAGCGCGUGCCGACGAGCACGUUGAUGCCAGUGAUUCAGGCAGGGGUCAUCCCUUCGUGCUCCGAGCCAAACUGCCGUGGUGUGUUGAAGCCCGAGAUUACGUUUUUUGGCGAAAUUCUGGACGACAAAGUGAGCACCAUGAUCACAAAGGACCGGCUACAGGCCGAUCUACUGCUCGUUAUGGGCACGUCACUUAAAGUUGCCCCCGUCAUGGAAAUGCCAGGUUAUUUGCCCUCGCACAUCCCUCAAGUUGUGAUCAACAAGACGGCGUUGAAGAAAAAGAAAUUAAAGUCGAAAAAACUCUCAGCGGGUGGAACAAUGAGUCGCUUCGAAAUGUCGCUCUUGGGCGACUGCGACGAUAUUAUCCGCUACCUUUGCGCCCAAGCUGGUUGGGAUCUUGGCUCAGACGCGACGCAAGCAGCGAAGAACAAGCCACUCGUGAUUAACAGCCAGGUAAUAUCGCAUCAGGAUGCAACUGGCAAGCACAUCUAUUGCUUUGGAGAGUGCCAGUGCAAAAAUAAACUAGCAGCUGGUAUGAAUGACGACGAUGACGACGAAGAAGAAGAGAAGCAGCAGACGGAGGAAGAAAUUGAGGAGGAUAUCGUGUGCAAUCGUUGCGAACGCCAGAUUGACACAGAAGCAGAGCCUGGCUCGGGAUGCAAGACUACCCAUUACCGCUGCAAUGAUUGCUUCGAUUAUGAUCUUUGUGGAGAUUGCUAUCCGAAAAGGAGAUACAAGCACAAGGGCGGAAGACAUCGAUUCACGCAAUGCUUAUAG